ACUCUACACUACAAUAAGAAAAUUGAAGUAUCUGUAUCGCUUUUGUAGUCGCGUUUUCAGCAAUAUCAUGGUUAAAAUGCUGUUAUAAUUGGUUAAUUCUAAAGACGUGCCUCAUUAAUCGUCGAAAACACGUGCAGUGGAAAGACAAUUAGAUAUUUUAUACAAUUAUAUGAUUACUCGCUUUCAUUUGACAAAUUGCGCUAGACCGCAUAUUUAAAAUGGCAGCUUUACCACGUAGAAUAAUCAAAGAGACACAGCGACUGAUGCAGGAGCCCGUGCCCGGAAUCAGUGCGGUGCCCAGCGACACGAACGCUCGCUACUUCCACGUAAUCGUCACGGGUCCAGAGGACUCGCCGUUUGAAGGUGGACUGUUUAAAUUAGAAUUAUUUCUGCCGGAGGACUACCCCAUGUCGGCGCCUAAGGUUAGGUUUAUAACGAAAAUAUAUCACCCUAACAUAGACCGGCUAGGCCGCAUAUGUCUGGACAUAUUGAAGGACAAGUGGUCGCCGGCGCUGCAGAUCCGCACGGUGCUGCUGUCGAUCCAGGCGCUGCUGUCGGCGCCCAACCCCGACGACCCGCUGGCCAACGACGUCGCCGAGCUGUGGAAGGUGAACGAGAGCGAGGCCAUCCGGAACGCCAAGGAGUGGACGCGGAGAUACGCCAUGGACAACUGAGCGCCGCAGUGCCUCCCACUCGCGAGUCGCGACUCGGGUGGACGAAACUAACAAAUAUAUCAUGUUUUAAGAGUGCAAGUUAUGUUAAACACCCUAGACCGAGUAACUUGUGAAGAGACAAUUGUGGAAAUUUUAUUAUUAGUGGGAGGGCCGCGCUCGGUGCGGGCCGCCCCAGGUUAUCCUCUCGCAUUUCUAUGUAGCCUCGCCCUUAUUUGUCUUGAGCGGAGCUCCGAUCGCCCCGUUCACACGUAGCUUCAUUACGAUACUAGGUACGCAUAUUUUUUUACCGUCAUCAAUGAAAAUAUCAAAAAAAAUGUACUUGGAGACUUAAAUGUAUAUAUUUCAUGGUUAUCAAAUUUGGUUAAUUUUAUACAAAGAAUAGUGUGUAUCGUCACAAAGUUGAAUGUCUUUGUAAGUGUCUUGUCUACGGCCACAAGUGCAACCCGCAAAUGCUUGAUACAUUAUAUUUGUGUUAGCUGUAACUACUGGAUCUCUAGUGAUACUGAUAUUUCAUUUACUUCCCAUUGUGGGAAGUUUUAAGCGUUAUUUUCACUGAUACAGUUCCAUCAACAUGAUUUUACUAUGGAUUUUUGUGUCCUAUUAUUAUAUCUUGUAUAAAAGUUAUCAUUAAAUUGUAUUUAUGUAAUUAAUUUGGCUUUGUGAGCAAACUUCAGAAUACAUAAUAUACAAAUUAA